AUGGCGACCACGAGGGCGACCGCGGUCAAGCGGAAGGCGGACGAGGCAUUGGAUAAGGAGGCGAAGAAGUUUAAAAGCACCUACUCCAAGGCCCUGAAGAUAGUGGUAUACCAGGCCUUCCAGAGACAAACGUUCGCUGUGCACGAAGACCUUCUGUACCACUACGCCCCGAACCUCAAACACUUCUCCUACCACAGCAGUGUUCCGGCAGCAGCGGACAUCAAGAUCGAGAAACAUCUUCCCACGACCUUCAGAAAUUACCUGGAGUGGCUUUACUCAUCGGACGAAGACCGCUCACGCUGCAUCCGCACCCUUCUGCAACCUACAAUUGACGGGGCCGGCGAAAAGGAGACCAGGGAUCAACUUGCCUGCGUCAAACUGAUUAGGCUUUGGCUGUUGACGAACAUGCUCGGCGACAAAGCCUGCAAGAACGCGGUCAUCGAUGUCUUGAUCUCCAGGGCUUGUGCGGGAGAGCUGUGUCUUUGUGCGUCUUCCAUGGUGUUUAUCUUCGAGGAGACGGACGAAACAUCGGAGCUCCGGCGAUGGGCCGUGGAUGAGUACACAGCAAGCACUACAGUUGCGGAGCUGGACGAUGGGAAGGACAUGAUGCCGGAAGGUUUCGAGGGCUCCGCGCUUCGAAGGCUCAUCGAGAAGACGAGGAAGGGUGAACGGGUGGGCAAGCCUCGGCUUGAGGACGCCUGUCUCUACCACGAUCACGGGCGCUAUGAGGCGAGAUGUUCUUGA